AUGGCUAGAAAAGGUUCACGCAAGGUCAGAACAGGCUGUCUUACUUGCAAAUUACGCAAGGUCAAGUGCGACGAAGGCAAGCCAGCUUGCUACCGAUGCACGAGCACAGGCCGCAAGUGCGACGGCUACGCUGCAGAACCACAAGCCGGGCUCACAUGGUAUCGCCCAAGCAGUCUCUUCCAAUCGAUUGACAAACCUAUCGAAGGUCGAGCUUUGCAACUGUUUUGCGACACUGCGGCGCCGUCUUUGGCUGGGCCUCUAGACUCGUAUUUCUGGACCCAUCUCGUGCUUCAAUUCAGCAAUUUCGAACCCGCCGUGCGACACUCGCUAGUGGCCAUCAGUUCACUAUAUGAAGACUUUCACUACAAGGGCAAGGUUACCAAGCAGCUACAGUCCAAUGCCUUUGCGCUUCAGCACUACAAUUCUGCCAUAGAAAACCUGCGAAGGCUAGACAAUGAGCCACUCAUUCUACUUGUUUGCGUCUUGUUUGUUUGUAUCGAGAUUCUGCAGAACAAUCGCGCCGCCGCAAUGCAGCACAUUGCACACGGGAUCGUUAUACUGGAGCGAAUAGGUCUGGCUUAUCCCUGGACCAUGGAGCACUUGUCGCCGAUAUUUCGACGUCUGAGCAUCUUUCCUCUAUUCUUUGGCGGCCCGAACAACCAGUUUCCCACACUAAGCGGACUAGACGCCCCAAUACCUCCAAAGUUUGCAACUUUUGCUGAAGCGCAAUACUACAUGGAUGCUAUCGUUUGCCGCGCAUCACGAUUCAUACGCCAAGGCGACCCAUACCGCUACGGGGAGCAUGUCUCGGAUCCAGUCCACCCAGACCUUCUAAGGUAUCAGCUCAAUCUGCAACAAACAAUUGACGACUGGCACGUCAGGUACAUGGAAUUGGCCAAGACUCUAGAUCUAUCUGAACACCGAGACAUGGCUUGUAGCAAUGUCAUGUCGAGAUACAGGAUCUCGCGCUUGUGGGCUCUCGCGGCAUUCGAGAAGCAUGAAGUCUUUUAUGAUGAUUAUAUUGACGACUUGAGGGAUGCCAUAGACCUUGCCGUGGCACACAGCAACAAGCUGAUGCACGACCCGACGUCCCGUGCAAGGCCACGAUUCACAUUUGAGGCGGGAUUCCUGCCCUUUGUGGUCUUCUCGGUGAUGAGAUGCCGCGACCUGCGAACACGCCUGAAGGGACUGUGGUGGCUUCGUGAUUGUGGUUCUUCGAGAGAAAACAUGUGGGAGGCGGAGCAAAUGUACCCGGUAUGUAGAAAACUUGUCGAGAUUGAACACGACAUAGUCCUCGACCGGCGUGACCAGCCAAUUGGCCAAGUGCCUUGGAAUGCGCUGCCGUCCGAGGAGAGCAGAUCAAAUGACUUUGGCUCAAGUCCCACUUUGGUGUGUCAAAAGAACGCGGACGGACGCGAAGUCUGGGGAAGGCUCGCUAGCUAUGCCAUGCGCACCCUAGAGGGAGUGGUGUGGACUCGAAGGGAAUUCAUUCCGUGGCCAACCGUCACUGCGCAGACGCACGUGGACCAGGUUGUGCUACGAGGCAGAUAG